AUGCGUCAAAAUGCAAAUUUUCAUGAAGAUCCAAAUGGCAAGAUCAUCACUCUGGAGGUGGAGAUCAAUGACACCAUCAAAAAUGUGAAGGUCAAAAUCCAGGAUAAGGAGGGCAUCCCCCAACCAGCAGAGGCUCAUCUUUGCAGGGCCGGGGAGGGGGCGCGGAGCCCGAGCCCCGCCGCCGUGUCGCUCGGCCUGGGCGUGGCGGUGGUGUCGAGCCUGGUGAACGGGUCUACAUUUGUGCUGCAGAAGAAGGGCAUUGUGCGCGCCAAGCGGCGAGGUACUUCCUACUUAACAGACAUUGUGUGGUGGGCUGGCACAAUUGCAAUGGCUGUUGGCCAGAUUGGAAAUUUCCUGGCUUAUACCGCGGUCCCUACGGUCCUGGUGACUCCUCUGGGUGCGCUUGGAGUGCCAUUUGGGUCUAUUUUAGCUUCUUACCUUCUGAAGGAAAAGCUCAACAUCUUGGGCAAGUUGGGGUGUCUGCUAAGCUGUGCAGGUUCUGUCGUGCUGAUUAUCCACUCCCCAAAGUCUGAGAGUGUGACAACUCAGGCUGAGCUGGAGGAGAAGCUGACUAAUCCAGUGUUUGUGGGCUACCUGUGCAUUGUGCUGCUCAUGCUGCUGCUGCUGAUCUUCUGGAUUGCGCCUGCCCAUGGGCCCACCAACAUCAUGGUCUACAUCAGCAUCUGCUCUUUGCUGGGGAGUUUCACCGUGCCUUCCACCAAGGGCAUUGGGCUGGCAGCCCAAGACAUCUUGCACAAUAAUCCGUCCAGUCAGAGAGCCCUCUGCCUGUGCCUGGUGCUCCUGGCUGUGCUGGGCUGCAGCAUCAUUGUCCAAUUCAGGUACAUCAACAAAGCCCUGGAAUGCUUCGACUCCUCCGUGUUUGGGGCUAUCUACUAUGUGGUGUUUACCACGCUGGUCCUGCUGGCUUCAGCCAUCCUCUUCCGGGAGUGGAGCAACGUGGGCCUGGUGGACUUCUUGGGCAUGGCCUGUGGAUUUACAACUGUCUCUGUGGGAAUUGUCCUUAUACAGGUGUUCAAAGAAUUCAAUUUCAACCUUGGGGAGAUGAACAAAUCCAGUAUGAAAACAGACUAGGAUGCAACUAAGGGUAGGGGGCUUGAGGAACAGGCAUUGGAGGAGGUCUGUGGUUAUGAAUGGAUAUCAAAUAGAAGAGACUGGUGGUGAGAGUUGCCUGUGUACUAACUAGGGAUCUAGUGGGCAAUAGGGAGCCUGGCUUUCUACCAGGGUGGGGCCCAGACCUCUGCAGCCCAAAGCUCCCAGUGGUUGCCUGGGUGUCAUCCCUUUCAGAUGAGACAAAUCCCAUUUUCAUUUCCAUGAACCUAGAAACUUUCAUGACUACUUGUUUAAAACAUUUUAAUAUGAUUUAAUCUGAAAAUAAGUAUGAGGUCUUUCUAGUUGUCUUUGCAGGAGAGCAUAUGCUCUUAACAGGUUACCUAGGAAAUCAGAGAAAUUUUUUUUGAAAUUUGGCUCUGUACAAUAAAUGUGAUUGAAUUUGUGUUUCUGUUAAGCAUGUAUAACAUUCAGGUACUUUAUUCAAAUAGGAGGUAUAUAAAUUGACUUUUUAAAAUCAUCUAACAAAUUGAUUCUCCUACAUGCACCCAAGACAGUAGCAGUAGAGAGAGGAGUCAAUGAAUGUGAUGGGAUGUUCCAUUGGCAGGAUGACUUUUCAAGUAGCUCAAAUCAAUUUUAGUGCCUUUAUCACUUGAAUUAAUUUAAUCUAACUAUUACUGUGUAUAUGUUCAAUGUUCAACUUACAAAUAUAUAAAGCAGUUAACGUUUGUUGGAAGACAGUCAAAACUAAAGACACAGAACAAAUUUUAAAGCUGACCCAUUUAUAGUCGUCCAAUUAAGGACGACUAUUUAAGUACCAGGAAAUAAUUUGCGCUUAACCUAUGUUCCUUGGAUCCAUUAUCCAAAAUACCCUCAUUCUGUUUCAGGAAGCAUUUGUGGCCAUCCAGAAAAAAUAAACUAUUAAACUUGUCAAUAAGGCUGUUAAUGAGAGAGUAGCUAUUUAAUAGCACAUACAUUGAGUGCACUUUAAUACAGAAACAAGUUAAAGGACACAGUUAAGUUUAGGGUUAUUUCUACAAAGGGGAAUAACAUAUAAUUUUUAAAGGAAUUUCUAGCAAAGAUGAAAAAGAUUUAGCCUUCUCCUUGUUUGAAAUGGUAAAAUCUUCUACAGUUCCUUAUCCAACAUCUUACUAAACUUCCUGAGUGUAUGCAAGACCCUGGGCUUGAUAUCCAGCAUCAAAAACAAACAACAAAAUAAAACAAAAAGUCUUCUUAAGUGUAAAAUAGUCAUUAACCAUGCCAGUGUUUUGGAUCAAUGAUUAUUCUAUAGUAUUAUCCAUAAUAACCUUCCCAUGUAUUAGAGCAGUGCACAAAGUGAUGCAAGGAUUCCAUUAUGACUAUGUAUUCCACGUGCAUUGUUUUAUCUAAAUGGAACUGUGCCAAGUUGAAAGGUGAAGUUGAAUGAAGUAGAUUAGGUCAGGUAGAACGUGAAAUAUAAUAGCAUCCAGUUAAACUUCUCACUAAGAUAAAAAUAUGCUUUUCCAGAUAAAAAGAAUGUAAAGGUACAAAGAAUAGUUCAUUAAACUGUUAAACAAAAGAAGCUAAAUAAAACGAUACUAGAUUAACACAAAGGACUCUGAUUUUCUGGUGGCCUUGCUCAUUUCUGAGACUUAAUGAAUCAAAAGUAUGGUUUCUGAGGGUAAGCUAUCAUAGGACAAAUAUAGCUAUAUUACUAUAAUAAAGUUUAUAAUGUGGAAAUUACCAUGUUUAUUUUGCUAAAGCUCACUGUGACGCUUAGUUUAAAUGCAUCUAUUGGUGCAUCUUAAAUUUUAAGCCACAUGGAUAGUCAGAGGUGAUAGUUUCAUAUAGCCUAUGAUGUUUUCGUUAAACAAAAUAUCAUAGUAUCAAUAGUGCUCCUGCUGAGGCCCUGGAACCACCAGAAUCUCCCAGGUUCCAUCUGGUCAGCACCUUGCUUCACUAGGAUACAUACUUUUGUUCCAGAGGAACAAAGUUCUUAUCAUUCAUUGUUUUUCAAGUCUGACAGCAACCUCCAAGUAAUUGUUAUGACUAGGAUUUAAUAGUCUAAUUUUUAAAUUUGACAUAGUGCAUAUAUAGAGUUAGUAAUAUUUUUUAAGUUCAGCUUUUCAUAGUUCAUUUGAAAAUGGAAAGGAAAAUUAAAGUUCCAGAGUAAGAGCUUUUGGGGGGGGGUCUAGAAUGCAAAUGACUUUCCUGUUGGUUGUUCCAAAAGUAAAUUCAUAGAAAAAUAUCAUUAUUUGAAUUUUACCUUUGGAAAAAAAGCUUUAAAAAAUACGUACAGUAUAUUUUUUCUCAAGUAUUCUCCAAAAUCAAAGAUUUUUGGUGACAAUUUAUAGAAUUACUUCUGGAAGAUGUUUAGGCCAUCUUUCUCCUCCUCUCCCUGAACAAUGCUUUUGUUCAUAAGAAUAUUUGUAUUUGAAAAGGUUAUUUCUGGUUCUAAGUAUUGAUCAAUUGUAGGACUAAUUAGCGAUUCUAACCUGAACCAAGCUUCAGGAUACCACCUGGACCAUUUGCUGGUCUGCAUAAACACCAUGUCAGUUGUGGAGGUUUUGGAGAAGGAAGGCAUAACUGCCCACACUAGGACCCUUGGGGAAGAACUGUUUUCCAGUGCCCUGCUCAUUGCUGAGACUAUCAUUACAGUUGUGUCUAUUAGAGUGUGAGAUAUACAAUGGCCGAUUGUUCAGCAGUAAGAAAUAUUCUACACCAAUUUGUUGUGCUUAAUUUUUUUUGGUCUUUUUGAGACAGGGUCUUCCUGUAGCCCCAGCUGUCCUGUAACUCACUAUGUAGACCAGGCUGGCCUGGAACACACAGAGAUCUACCUGCCUCUGCCUCCUGAGUGCUGGGAUUAAAGGUGUGUGCCACCACACCCGGCUUGUUGUGCUUAGUUUUAUUUCCAGUUAAUCCCAGAAGUAAUAUAUUGAUCUUUGUCCUUCAUUAGUUUCAUGUCUGUCUCCUUGCCUUUAUUUUUUGUGGUAUUGGGAAUUGAACGUGGGCAUUAUAUAUACUAGACAACAAUUUUACCUCUGAAUACACCACUAGCCCACUUGUGUUUGCUUUUGUGGAAGACUAUUCAAAUGUGCAGCCACUGAUCCUCUUCCUUUGUUAGAGACAGCUCAGUUCUCUGGCAGUUGCUGUACUGAACAUUUAGAGCUUGGAUUCCAGGCUUCUGUACAGUAUUCAGAUGAGUGUUUGUCAGGUGUGGAAAAAUAUGUGGUGUACGGAAACAAGCGUUGGUUAGCAUAGAGCACUGCCCUGCUGCAUAGUUCUUUUUCUCUUUUCUCCCUUGAAAAGUCUUACUAUAUAUCCCAGGCUGGCCUUGGAUUCAAAGUCACCUCCCCAGAGCUGGGAUUACAAGUGUGCCACUACCCUGGGCUACUGCUUAUAAUUUUUGUUAGAAGACAAUGCCUUUUUCCCCAAGCUGAUCCACUAAUCUAGAAAAGCAGAGUUCCACUCUGAUGCCUACUAGAUCUUGGUUCGUCUUCCUGUGACCAGUAGGACGCUUUGGAAAGACCUCAUGACUAGAUAAAUCAGCUUCUGUGGUCUGAAGGAAGUGCUCUCAGUGUGUCUGACACCAAGGAGCUUGUUCAUCCAUUAAGCAGGACUGGAUAGAACCUUAAAGGUGUUAAUGCCUUCUCAGGGACCAAAACUGUAUUAGCUCCUUACCCCCAACUUUCCAAGGAUUAUAGCCACAUGUCUCUUGUGUUUCACUCAUAUUCACUGUUAGACUCUGCUAGAGCUGGCAGAAGACUACUUGGCACACCAGUCACAUCACAAGCCAGUUUAUCACAUAAACGACCUCAACUUUUGUAUUUCUCAUUUUCCCUUCACAAUUAUUACUGGUGAGUUUUAAGAGACAGUUAUUUAGCUCUUAAGUGAUUUUUCAUAUCUUACCAGAUUCUUAUGCUCCAUUGUACAUUUGAGAUUAAGGAUUACAGGAACAUUAAUGAGAAUUUGGCCCAGUAUCACUACUCAUCUAUUACUGUACAUAUUUCUCAUACGCUAUUAAAUGCAACACAAAUUUUUUUAAAGUAACAUCUGUUGUAUCAAAAGAUGUCUACUAAAAAUUGGUAUUCAGUAGAAAAAAAUGAUCAUGUAGAUAUACAUCUGUUUCAAAUGUACCCAAAGUAAUUAAAAAGCAGAGUCAAAGGUCCAGAGAGUCAGGGAGGAUUUCUUUUUUAUAUUUAUUUUUAAAAGAUUUAUUUUUAUUUUAUGUGUUUGAGUGUUUUGCCUACAUGUAUGUAUGUGCACCACAGGAGUGCAGUGCCCACAGAGGUCAUAAGAGGGCAAUGGAUGUCCUAGAACUGGAGUUCCAGACAGUUGUGAGCCACCAUGUAGGUGCUGGGAACCAAACCCAGCUCCUCUGUUACAGUAGUAAGUGAUCUUAACCACUGAGCCAUCUCUUCAGUCCCAGAGGAUUUUUUUUCUUUUUCCAGUUUUCUCCUGAAUUGUACACAUAUAAGUGAAUUUGUUAACCUUUCUGUGCCUCAGUUUUUCUACCUCUAAAGGGGUGGGAUGGUUCUCCAAAUUGGUUGAUUCUAAAAUGCAAGCACAUUUUGCAGUGUCUUGGUGGCCUCAGAUGAGAGCAUCAAGUUUGGUACUGCUCUGGAAGUGGCAUGAUGAAACUCAACUUGUAGUGACCUUGGAGUCUGUUCAGGACUGUGCUGUAGAGUAUGUAGCCUGGAGCACUAAGUAAAUAAAGGAAGCACUGGGUAUAAAGUUUGCAUGAUUCUACAGGCUUUAAUCUUGUUUUAAAAGGAAGAGUUUAUAUAUUCCAUUGUAAAAUUCAGAAAUAAAUUUUAAUGUCUUUUUAAUAAAGACAUUAAAACAAAAGGCUACACUGAAAGACCAGAUUCUGAUGGGCUCCUCUGAUGCUCUGCUUAGGUCUUUGUGGUGCAGAUAUAACCUGUGUGAUCCAUCAAUUCUGUUGCUUUCAAUUUGUCAUGAAUCAUGCUGAACUUCUUGCUUCUAAGCACCUCGCACCUGAUGAUGAACUAUCCAGUGCCAGGCAAAUGUCAGGAGCUCCCAAACCACUAGUGCCAAAGAUUCACCUCGAAAAAUUCAGAAUAUUUCUUUGAUUUGUUACAAUAACUUACCCUUCACUCCAUCAGUGUUUUUGCACUUUAUGAAAAUUUAAAGGUGUUGCUUUUCAGUUGCAUUCCUGCUUUUGCCUUUUUAAAGGAUAACUAUUAUUUCCUUGUAAAAUGAAUAAAAUCAUGAGAGAAAGAGAUACAGAUUUUUUUAAAAAUGCCAAAUGUCAAUUGCAUAAACAUUUUUUUCACAUAAAUGUAUCAGGGGAGCUGCCAGUUAGUGCACAUACAUAUUUAUCAGUGGCUAAGACUUGCUUACAUUUUGCUUUCUAGAAGUAGUCAUAGCAUGUUGUGAUUGCCUUAUGUAAAUAAAAGGCUAUUGUUUCCAAUAAUAUUUAUUAAUCUGUAUGUGUUUUAAAAUAAAAUAACAUUUCUAGCUGAA